GAUGCAAAACCAUGCUCUGAAGUGUCCCUAGCCUCUGUUUGCCAGAAGAUGGGUGGAUCACUCCAGCUGCCCUGUUCUUCACAGUUCCCUGAAGUUCUGGGGAGCCAUUGACGGACGACAGGACACUGGGCUAGAGGGACCAUUGGUCUGACCCAGGAUGGUCGUCCUUGUGCUCUUAACUGCUGGCUUGUGGCUUAUCCCUCCUCAAUACAUUUUUCUGAAAAAUGCCCUCCUAGCGGGUUUGGUUUGCAACUUUGUUUCUGCAAAUCAUCAUCGCUCUAGGUGACGCGUGCAAUAGAAAUGCCUAGUCAUUCAUGCAUUCAUUCAUUCCAGUGCUCGCUCUCCUGCGGCAGCCAAGAAACUCACCACCGUCCACCUGAACAAAUAUUCUCUUAAAUAUUCCUUUGCCUUGCUGUAGAGCGGAGGUACCCUCCCUUUUGCUGCACCCCUUCUCCACGGGAGUCACAUAACAGCCCACCCCCAAACUCCCGCCCAGCUGGGGCAAAGGUAACUCAGCAAGCAGAGCCAGCGGCUCACCCGAGGUCGGGGCAGGACCUGGCUGGCUACGUCUCCGGAGAAGCCCACGGCAGUGCAGUGCAGGAGUAGACCAGGGCACCGGGUGCUUCCUCCCCCCGCUCAGAGCCGCUAGCUCCUGCAGGCUCCGGAGGGUAUGAAAUACACGGUGCUGGGGCCGGUCAGGCGUGUGGGCCAGGGCAGGACAGCAGCGGGGACAGUGCGCAAGGAGUUCCCAGCAGUCCGGGAGCGGGAGGGAGAGGAGAGCAGCAGGCUGCUGCCUGGAUGGGGUGGGGCUGCACUCCCCCUCCCAGCCCGAGAGCCGGGGGCUUCCUGCGUGUUAUUUUUCCACAUAUCAAAUCCGGGGUCGUGAGCUUUCAGACGUUUCGGACCACGCGUGGUGCUUACUCCCGUGACAGCAGUGGACUGACUCACGGCAGUAAGCACUACUCCCUGGAGUAAGUUGUUUGCAAGAUAAAACCCUUACACACAUAGUGCUUAAAUUCAGAGCUGGCGGAGGCAGGCACAGCUCCACUGACACCGGGUGGAGCAGAGAGUGGCAGGGCCCCCUUGGCACCUGCCUCUGCUGGUCCACAAAGUCACUCGGAGACCCUGGGGGUAGUAACCAGCGGUGCCGUUUAUUUGCAGGCUUGUUCCCACCCGUUUCACCGCGUACAGUUGGCCCGUCACCCUCUGCGGGCAGGAGGGAAUCGCUACCUCCCUGCUCCCGUUCCCUGCCUUUUCCCUUCCUGCCCCAGGCUUUUAUACAGCCCAGAUUAAUCUCUGCUUCCCCAGGUAGGGCCAGGUUAUCUCCAGCCAGCUCUAACGUAUUCCCCCGAAUGGGAGCUGGCGGGACAGAGGGUGUAGGCCCAGCUGGCCUGUGCCCAGCACCCUGUCAGACCAGGGCUGUUCUGAUCACUGACGUCAGGGGUGACUGUCCCUUGGUCCACACACGCUGCGACUGGGACAAUUCUCAGUGGAAUCCAGCAGUAGAACAUUCUACGUGGCAGAGGGGCGGGUGGUGAUGUGGGAUCCUACAGGGCAAUGAACCGGGAGGGAGACAACACGAGGGAUUAAAAGCCCCUGUUUAUCCUCAGAGCAGGUCCAGCCUGGACUGCAGCAAUGCCAGGUCCCCACCACCACCCCUGCCCGUCUGCACCGGUUUAGAGCGGGUCAUUGUUAGGUGAACCUCACUUAGGACCUAGCAAAGACGCAGUUUCUCCCUGUAAAACCCAGGGUCCCUGGCUGGGGUUAGCCCUAGGGACUAGCACAAUUUAAAUUCACCCUUUUUUCUCAGUCUAGGCCCUAAGGGUGAGAGGGGAGUCGCGUCUCCAGCGCCCACUCACGCCUUGGCCUCUCUCAUGAGAUGGGUGGGGGUUGCUGACGGAUGGUGGAUUUCAUAACAGGGGCGCCAUUAGGUACCGGAAAGAGACCCUGCAGCCCACCCACACAGCGGCGUCUGUGCACCACUGGCCCAGGCCACAUCCACACCAGUGACCUGGCAGGCAUGUUGCCCAGCGCCGGCCAGUCCCCCUAUGUGGGGCCACUAUAUUCCCACGCCAUGGAGCACGUUGCCAGCCAGGGUAGGCCCCGGGCUGCGGCAGUCCAGGCGAGACGCCCCCUCCCCGUUGAGUCCCGUUGCCGCGUGAGGCCUGGAAGGAGAUGGCACCAUCUCACCCGCUUCUCUUCCUGGUGAGAGGGGUGGGGAGGCCCGGGAGCAGCAGACGGUGCCCACCCAGACUCCUGGUUUCCCUCCGAUUUAGGGCACUGUCUCCCAAGUGGUUGCCAUGGCACUGGCUGUCUAGGGUACCAGCCCUGAAGGAUGCAGGGCAGCGCGAUGGAUACCCCUAUGCUAUGCAGAGGGCUGUAUCUCUGUGUCCAGUCCGGGGGGGGGGGGGGCAGCCUGCUAGGCCGGCUCUCCAUGGUGGGAGAGCUGUGCGGGGGGAGAGGCUCGCUAGGCCCAGUCUCUGUGUUCCAGGCGGGUAGCCCCAGCUGGAGGGAGGCCCCUGGGGGAUGAGGAGGACUGGGCCGAGUGGAGAGAUGCUCCCUCAAUGGGAUGGGGGACACACACCCAAAGCGGGGAACCCUCCUGAGGGCAGUGGAGCAGGGAAACCUGCCCGUGGGAGGGAGUAGGAAGAGUGGGGCUUGCAGAAGCAAGACCCUCCCUCGGAGGGGAGUUUUCCCCUUGCCAGGGGGCACAUUCACUAGGAGGAGGGGACCAUGUCAAGGGGCCACAGAAGACUCUGAAGCCUGGGAGAUGCAAAAGGAAACUAACUGGGUCUGCCUUGCGCUCUCAGCAGGUCAUUCUGUUACGAAACAUCACCUCCCGCCGCGGACCGAGCGAAGGGAGGAGCCGCCACGUCCCAGGGAAUGGAGCGACGCAGAGGAAAAGGGGACUCGGCAAAGCUGCUUCACAGAUGAUGAGAACUUUACUAUAAAAUCAGAACCACCUGACCCGGUACCAGAGAGAUCAGAAGAGAAUCUCUCCUUGUCUCCAGACUGGAGAAACGCCUACGAGAUCCAGUGCAAACCGCAAAGGCAACAGAUGGACCAUGCAGGAGCCAAGCAUGAGAAGGUAACUAUAAAAUUAGAGCCAAGGGAGUCCUCAUCAGAAAAGUCUGAAGAAGAUCUUUCCACAUCUUCAGACACCUACAGGAUCCAGUGCAAACCAGAAAGGCAGCAGAUGAGCCCCACUGGAGCAGAGAAUGAGAACCUUACUGUGAAAUUAGACUCACCUGAACAGUCCAAAGACACUAUUCUUGAGUCUUCAGAUUGGGACAGCGUCUUCAGGAUCCCUUGCAAAUCAGGAAGGCAGCUGGUGAGCCCCACUGAAGCGACCCAUGAGACCUCCGCUGUAAAACUGGAGGUACCGGACCAAUCAUCAGAAACUUGCCAAGAGAAUGUGACCGUGAAUUCAGACUGGGGGAAUGUCUGCACGAUCCCAUGCAAAUCACAAAGGCAGCUGAGGAGCUCUCUAGAGACUGAGGCUGAACAAUCCAGCUUUGGCAGCAUGAAGAAUUUUGCACUUUUCCAAGAACACCUGAAGAGAGAAAUGCCUUACGUGUGCAUGGAAUACGAAGACAACUUUGCGGAUCAGGUUGGCCUGGAACCACACCAGGGAAAGCUCCCUCUGGAAGCUCCUUUUAACUGGACUGGUUGUGGCAGCGGCUUUGGGCCGAUGUCCCUUCUCGUGACUCAUGAGAAAACCCACAUGGGAGUGAGGCCGUACAUCUGCACGGAAUGCAAGAAGGGCUUCAAUCACAAACAAGACCUGAUACGGCACUACCGUAUCCACACGGGAGAGAGACCCUAUCAGUGCACCGAAUGCGGGAGGAGCUUCGUCCAGAAAACGCACCUUAUAACACACUUCCGAAUCCACACGGGCGAGAGGCCGUUUCCGUGCACCGAGUGCGGGAAAAACUUCAGGAAGAAAACCCACCUGAUGCGGCACCAGAGGACUCACUUGAGAACCCGGCUGUUCCCCUGCUCUGUAUGCCAGAAGAACUUCAGCCACAAGCAAGAUCUCGCCAGGCACCAGCAGAUCCACACGGGGGAACGGCCGUUCACGUGCACCGAGUGUGGGAAAAACUUCAGUUGGAAGAAGAAUCUCAUCACCCACCAACGUAUCCACACGGGGGAGCGACCCUUCAGCUGCACCCAGUGUGGGAAGAGCUUCAGCUGGAAGAAAUACCUCGUCACGCACCAGAAGACCCAUGAGGAGAAGAGACUGUACAACUGCCCUCACUGCGACAGGAGCUUCUGCCAGAAGUCCAUGCUCAGCAUGCACCAGAAGACUCACCUCGAGAGGCGAUCCUACACCUGCACCGUAUGCCAGAGGAGCUUCGGCCACAAGCAGGACCUCAUAAGGCACCACCGGAUCCACACCGGAGAGAGACCCUUCGCCUGCAGCGAAUGCGGGAAGAGCUUCAGCCAGAAGACUCACCUCGUUACCCACUUCAGGAUCCACACGGGCGAGAGGCCGUUCCUGUGCAGCGAAUGCGGGAAAGGGUUCAGCAAGAAAACCCACCUGAUGAGGCACCAGCAAAUCCACACAGGGGAGCGGCCCUUCAGCUGCACCCAGUGCGACAAAGGCUUCAGCUGCAAGAAGAACCUCCUCACCCACCAGCUGAUCCACUCCGGGGACGUGACCCACUACGCCUGCACCGAGUGCGGGAAGAGCUUCACCUGGAAGAAGAACCUCCUCACCCACCAGAAGAUCCACGCGGGGAAGAAGCCGUUCGUCUGCACCGAGUGCGGGAAGAGCUUCAGCCAGAAAACCCACCUGAACACCCACCAGCGCAUCCACACCGGAGAGCGGCCCUUCCCCUGCGCCCAGUGCGGCAAGGCCUUCAGCCAGAAGUCCAUCCUCAUCACCCACCAGAAGACCCACCUGGGCAGCCGGCCCUACGCCUGCACGGAGUGUGAGAAGAGAUUCAGCCACAAGCAGGACCUGAAGCGACACCUGAGGAUCCACACAGGAGAGCGGCCCUACGCGUGCACCGCGUGCGGCAAGAGCUUCAACCAGAGGACGCACCUCAUCACGCACUGCAGGAUCCACACCGGGGAGAGGCCCUUCCCCUGCGACCUCUGCGGGAAGCGCUUCAGCAAGAAAACGCACCUCAUGAGGCACCAGCGAGUGCACGCCGCGGUAAAGCCGCACAUGCGCAGGCUCAACAUAGGGGCCAUCUCCAUGGGGAGCCAGAUUUCGCUCUCGGUUGGGAGUCCUAUUUCACUCGGGGGUCCCCUGAAGGAGGAGACCAUCUACAUUUACCAGCUGUGAAAGAGGAGCCACGCUAGACGCCUGCCCCACGGAGCUGAGCGAGGAAGGUGCAAAGAAGCAGCUUCUUGUAAAAUAACCACUCAGAAUCCAGACAGUUCUGGAUGUGAGAGAAGCUUCACUACUGCUCCACAGCAGGCCACGGGCCUGGACCCAGCAGGCAGGAGCAGGUCCAGUCUAACCAUCCAGCUCCUGGUCCCACCAGCAAACACGCACAGAGCAGAAUCCACGUCUAUUUAUCAGGCUGACACCUGCAGAUAAACAUUAGAGCACCCCAGGGACCAGCCGAAGGUUCGUCUCCUCUCUAAGGUUAAUUAGUGGCCUCACACAAAGAACAUACUUUGGCUCAAAUUUGCAGCAAGUUGCCUUAGUUGCACAUGCAGAAGUUGAGUGCAUCUGUCUGUGCCCCCAAAAGUGCAUCAGCCUAUGGAAGAUGAGCAACUGCAUGCACAAAAGCAUGUUUGGAGUGCACAUAAACACCACGUGCUCCCAAUAUUUGCAAGCACAGUUAGAGUCCCCCGGGAAACACGUCCCUUUGUAUCCUGGAUGUAAGAACAUCCAUCACAACUGGACAUUUUAAAGGUCACAAGACAGUCCACAUAGACAUUCACGGGAAUCUACGGGGAGGAAUAGAAGCUUCACUACUAGGUCUUGCUUCAGUCUACUCUGCAGAUUUGAACCAGGAGAGCAAAGACAGACCUGCAACGAAUGUGUGAAAAGCUGCUGUCGAUGUUUAUAUGUAAAUCUCAAAUGGGAUCAUCGCAGGAAUCAACAAACCACAAAGACUGCACUCAAUUGUACAGUAACCUGUGAACGCGGGAGAAAUGGGGGGACAGUGUCCGGCGUGUAGAAUGGUUUCAAAAGGAGUAAAGGAAUAACCAGGAUACCCUGUUACCUCCUUUGUCUGCCCCUCCCCCUGCAC